CUUUGCCUCAAUUCCCACACCAUACACCUCAACAAUUUCUCUCGUUCCUCCCCCCCCGCUCCCCAAUCUCCCCCACUGCUUUCACCUUCUGCGCCCACAAUGGACGCAAUUCGCGAAGAACUCCUUGAGACUAGGCAGUUGGUCCAGGACUCGCAAUAUCUCCUGGAGCACAAGCCUCUAUAUCAAGUUCCGGCCUACAGGGCGGCCAUGUUAGAAGAGAUUGCGGCCGAAAAGAUCAAAAUUGGCCAAUUAGAGCGAAAGCUCGAGGAGACAUCUCGGCCAAAACCGCAGGAAGAGCCUGCGACAUUUCUGGCCAAUCCUUCAUCUCGGCCUACCCAGAUUUCGGCCAGCAAGUACGCACCUUCGGCCGAACCCCAGAUCAAACCCCAGGUCGCCGGUCAGUCGACUGGAUACACUGCCAUGGCCUCAAAUCCCACACCCCCGGCCUCCGCACCUGUUCCACGACAGCCACUUCCGGCCGACAAACAGCUUGGGAUUUCAGUGGCCGACACUCAAUCUGAACUGGCCGAUUUAAAAUCUGAAAUGGCCAAUUUAAAGUCUGAACUGGCCGAUACCAAAUUUGAAUUGGCUCAUACCAAGUCUGAACUGGCCAUGUUGAAAGCCCAGUUUCAGGCCAACGAGGAAAGGGUUCUUUUGGCCGAACAAAUUCGACAGGAGGUCAUAGAUGCGGAGGAGCGCGUGGCCCAGGAAGCUGCUCGGAUCAAGAAACUUCGAGAGGCCGAGGAUUAG